GAGAGGAGGGGAAGACACAGAGGGGAAGAGAAAGAUAGACACCUGCAGACCUGCUGCACUGCCUGUGAAGUGACUCCCCUGCAGGCAGUGCCAUUUUGAACUUCAUCUGAAAAAUGAAUCCAGUCGUUACACAGCCAGGCUUUGGUGGAGGUGGUGCCAUGGUCAGUGACUGGCAAACCGGAACCUUUGACUGCUGCAGUGAUAUGGGAGUUUGCCUCUGUGGAACCUUCUUUCCUCUGUGCCUCUCAUGUCAGAUCGCCUCUGAAAUGAAUGAGUGCUGCCUGUGUGGAGGCAGCGUGGCCAUGAGGACCAUGUACCGGACCCGAUACAAUAUCCCGGGAUCUAUUUGCAAUGACUUCAUGAUGCUGGCAUGUUUCCCUAGCUGCGCCCUCUGUCAACUCAAGCGAGAUAUUAACCGAAGAAAAGCAAUGAAUGCUUUAUAAAAAGAGCUUGAUGUAAGCACACUGUGGUAAAGGAAAGAUGGAAUGGAAUUCUGCAUCUAUUCUGUAUUUCAAUUACUCAUCCUCAAAUUCUAGAAGCUAGCUCAAUAAUCAAAUGCUUUCAAAUGAUGUACAAACAUUUUUAAUUUCUGGGACUCUUGAAGGAUGUGCACUUCCAAUGAUGUUCUCUGAAAUGACUGCAAUUGAAAGUAUAUCUCCAACUAUUUCUAUGCUUUUAAAUUGUUGCUUUGUGGAAGUUUUAAUAUCUUUUUGAAUGAACACAAAGUUGUCAAAAUAUUAAAGGUGAAUGAUGAGCACAUGGAAAGA